AGAAACCACUGAAAACCCAAAAAGUAAAAACGAUGAGAGGGAGAAAAGUAGGAGAAGAACCUGAAAAGGGAAACCAACCUCAAAAACCUACAGUCUGUGUCAAAAGUCACAGUCGCUGCUAACCCCUCAGCCAUAGAAAGAGGGAGAGAGUAUUCCCAAAUUCGUCUUCACUUUCUUACCCUCUUCUCAAUUCUCCAUCUUUUGUUGCCAUGGAGACACCAAUUCCCACUCCGUAGAAAACCCCCAAAAUUUCCGCCAUUUGUGUGAGUAAUUCCUCGAUCGGUUCCUCCAAAUUGGAGGAGCGGGGGGGUUUUCUUCUAAUUCUUCAUUUCCUGAUUAUGGCCGAUCAUGCUGACCCUUCGCCGCUCGUCCCUCCUACGCCGAUCACCGACGCCUCCGAGAUCGACCUCGAAGCCGGCCCUGGCGACCAAAUUCAGUGCCGGAUUUGCCUCGAAACUGACGGUAGGGAUUUUAUUGCACCAUGCAAGUGCAAAGGAACAUCAAAGUAUGUACAUCGAGAAUGUUUGGAUCAUUGGCGGGCCAUAAAGGAAGGUUUUGCAUUUGCACACUGCACGACUUGCAAGGCGCCAUACCAUCUGAGGGUUCAUGUUGCUGCAGAUAGGAAAUGGAGAACCAUGAAGUUCCGAUUCUUUGUGACAAGGGAUAUUGCUUUUAUAUUUCUGACAGUUCAACUUGUAAUCUCGUCACUGGCUUAUUUGGUUUAUCUAAUUGACAGCUCUCAGCAGUCAUGGCUACGUCAUACAUGGAGAUUUGACAGCGGAAUUAGUUUCUACUACAUAUGUGGGGCACUGUUGUUCUUUGCCUUGCUGGGUCUGUCAGGGUGCUUUAUCACUUGCUAUGACCGGAGAGUGCGCAAUGACUUGGCCCAGCCAUGCCGAGAGUUGUGUCUUUGUUGUUGUCAUCCAGGAAUGUGUGCGGACUGUCAUUUGCCCGGUACUCUUUGUAUGUGGACGGACUGUACCACAUGCUUCGAAAGCUGUGCCACUGCUGCUGGAGAAUGUGGUUGCUUAGGGGGUGCUGGUGAAGCAGGGCUACCCUUAUUGUUUAUAAUGGCUUUGAUUGUGCUCGGACUGUUCACUGUCAUUGGAAUAUUCUACAGCGUCUUGGUGGCCACGAUGGUAGGGCAACGGAUUUGGCAGCGUCACUAUCAUAUACUUGCCAAACGGAUGCUGACAAAGGAGUAUGUGGUCGAGGAUGUUGAUGGAGAGAUGAUCAGUUCUGAUUGGACCCCUCCGCCCCUUCCAUCGGAACAUGUUCAGCAACUGAAAAACCUCGGCCUCCUAUGAGAACAUUAACAAUCGACGGAAGGCAGAUAAUCGUGCGCCACUGAUCGUGCUGUAACAAAACAUCAUCAAUGUAGAGAGAGGGAAGGAUGAUGGACUGGACUGGCUGUUUUGAUAGGUCAGUCACUACCUACUACUACUACUACUACUGUAAGGCUUCUGGAGUAAGUACAGGAAGUUAACAAAAGACCCGCCUAUUCAUGUCUGUAACCAGUGAAAGUUGACGAAACGAGACCAGAAUCGAGAUGGUACCAUUUGUAUAACAUUAAGUUCUGUUUGGUUAUCAUUCUCUAGGAAAUGGGGAAAUGGCCAUGCCUUUGAGUUUGGAGGAGAUUCAUUUCCUGCUGGCAGCAUCAUUUCAGAACGUAUCUGAUAACAUGGUUUCUUAAGUGCAUUUGGUGCACGAAAAGGUUCGAUUUGUUGCGAGAAGUCGAAAUUGGUUGUGACGAGAGAUUAUCCAUGUGGAUGCCAUGAUGAAGCUUGGCAGUCGACUCCUCGCCCCUAGAAUCUGUGCAUAUGGUUCAAUCAAUGCAUCAGGGGUGUUCUUGUGAUUGCAGUUUGGCUAAACAUCUGGUUGGAGUGUUGGUUUCAUUUGGAUGUGGCUGCAGAAAACAAUGCAUGUGGACAUGUACUUGUUCAGCCGAGACGCUUAUCUGAUUGUCUCCUCAAAUUAUUG